CCCCUGUACGGACCUGUUGCUAGGUGAGUGAUCUCAGAUGACCUUCUCCUCCUGCAUCAGAUCAAAGUCGCUGAAGUUUUUUUUUCCCUCCUCGCCCCUGUCUCUCUCCCCCUUGACUUGUUCACCCAUUUCCUCCUCGCCCUGCGCACCAUGUCUCACUCUUACCCUCGAUAUUUCGAUCUCUCCCCGUCCUUCACCCUCUUCCACAUUCCGUCCAUGCCCUCGCCACUGCCGACCAUCAGUAGUCCACCCACUCAACACUCUCACCUAAAGCUCAACAAAUCGCUACCACCUCACCAUGGCUGCCAACUCUGAGGAAUCGUCUCCGACCGAUUUCGCUUUCGAGCCACCGUCCAUGGAAGUGUUCUCCGAGCAUUCGUUCAAGCACGAUGCCCUCAAAACGCCAGGGUAUGCAACGAAUGGCAAUUCAUUCGCUUCAGCCUUUACUCCGUCUUCAGCUUCUUCUUUCCUCACCAGUCAGACUUACCCGGGCGUACCGACCUACACGUAUUCCGCCAAUUCAGCUUCUUCCUUCUCGUCUGGUUCUGGAUCCAUAGGCAGCGCAUCAUUCUCCUCUGCCGAUGCUCUUCCCGCCAUCUCGCGAGACUUUGUCAGACCCAGUGAAAAUGAAACUCGUCGGCCAGCAACAGCCGGUGGAGCACUGCAAUCUCGCAGUCCCUUUGGCGGUUUCAUGACAACGGAUACGCACGAUAGGGGACGAAGUGCGACUGCAGCAAUUGAGGAUAACAAACCAGAGACCAUCGAUGAGGGCGCCGAGUCCAUAUUCGCCAAUCCAUUCGGAUCACCAGACAAGACGGAAGAUUUGAGCAGGAUGGCUUCAAACGACCUUGACCUUUCUGCUUUCACCGCAGAUGUCAGACGUGCUACCGAGCCUCAAUUCCAUCCAUUGAGCAUACAGACUUCAUGGGAUAAUGCCAAUACCAGCGGUCUCCUUGAAACGCCCGAACAGCCUCAAGGAAACCAAUCGUCCCCACACAAUCAGUUCCCUCUGACAUCCGCCCCUCCCAAUGUCACUCAGUUCAGCUUUCUCAACGGACCUCCUCAACAGCAAAUGCAAAUGCAGCGACCACAGACCGUCAACUUUGGUGCGAGACCUCAGACGUCGGAUGGCAUUCCAAGUUAUGGCGCAUUGAACGCUGGAGGCGUAUCACUCCCUUCCGCCAGGACGAUCGUCAGUCAGAUAGAUCCCUCAGGAGCGUUCACUCAGCAAUUCUUCACACCUCAGACUAGCAACAUGAUGCCAUUCAGGGAUGCGAGAGCUGCCUCACUCAGCGACAUGUCUCAACCAUACGCCGCGCCGCACUUUUCACAAAGGCACUAUUCAAUCGCGACGGAGAGGCCUCGUGCGGGAUACGUUGCCAAAGACUCGGCACAUCAAGAACUCACCUUUGUUCCCCUGGGUGGACCGACCCCGAAGAAGCGACCUAGACGAAGGUACGACGAAAUUGAGCGAUUGUACCUCUGUGGUUGGAAUGGUUGCGAAAAGUCUUACGGGACGUUGAAUCAUCUGAACGCCCAUGUGGCCAUGCAGAAACAUGGAGAGAAGCGUCUGCCGUCAGAAUUCAAAGACAUGCGAAAACAAUGGCGCAAAAAGAAGAGGGAUCAAGCUGCCGCCGUCGCCAACGCGCAGUACAUGUCUGCCAAUCCAAGUUGGCAAGCCAAUGGCCGACCAUCCAUCGCGAACGAAUCAGACUUUGACCGCCGGGAUUCCGUGGCAUCCAUCUUUUCCUCUGCAUCAGAAUACGACACGCAUCGUGGUUCAUUGUCGUACCCAAACUACUCUUGGCCACCGGCAGAUUCAUCUCGACCCAAUACGUCAAGCUCGGUCGCUUCAACGGCGGACGGUAGACAAUUCGUCCAAGGGUACAAUCACAGCAUGCUCAACGCUGUACCUGUGAACCGGAGGGCGUCAGUGCCUUCUCACAUGGCUCUACCUCCCGGACCGACUGCUCAGAGUCAGCUCCCACACGGAGAUCACCCGACGCCUACACAGCAGAACCCGUAUGCCGACCGAGCAGAUACGACCUUCUUCCAGACCUUGACUAGUCCGAUGCCUGCUGGAACCCAAUUUGGCCAGACGUUUGCAUUUCAGCGCUAGCGAGGUCAGCAGAUUCGAUCGUUUUUAUCUCUGUGCGCAAUCUUAGUGACCCCGAUCUGUCGCCUGUCACAUCUUUUAGACGUCCGUUUCUUGGCUCUCAGGCUUGGCAAGCGCGAAUCACGACUUAAUUGGUAUCUUGUUCUCAUAGCAGUCUUGGGUCUCUUCGCCGGAUACUGCGAGACUGCUUAUUGUAUCUAUACGAGUGAGAAGAAACUAGUUUGAAGAUCUGCUCGCUUUUGGGCGUACAGAUAGUGUAUAUGUUGUUCCGGUUCAAAUGUGCUUUGUGAUGAAUGAUUCG